CCAUUGCCAGCCACGACAAAACUUGAAGACGGAACGCAUCGUUGUGUGCGUUCAGACAGCUUCCCUGGAGCUCUUGCAGGUGGAAAAAUUGUAGUCGUCGUCAGUCGAGCGAGAUUCUUAUACGCGGUUCUGCACUGCAUUUCCAGCUUCGGGACAAGUGAAAAAGUGAUUUUUAGCUGAAUUUGAGUAUUCCAACGGGAAAAAAAUAUUCGACGCAAUAAUCGAAGGUCCAGUCCGAUCUGAAUUUGUUCGAGAAUCGAGUGAGCGGAGUUUGCAAAAAGUAUCGUGUGCAAAAGAAAGUUUGCUGGACGAAGCGAAAAUUUUCUGGUUCUGCUGCGUAUCGAAGAAAGAGAAAAAAUGAGAUGUCCUUUGAUUUGUGAUAAAAUAGUAAUGGUGGUCAACAUUUUAAGUACGUGAAUCGAACCAGUUUUGCUACCAAGGCGAAAAUCAGGUUUUCGCUGAGAGCAAAAAAAAAAUCAAAAUGCGUUGCAGAUUAAAUUCUGGUUAAGGCUACCACUAGUGAAAAAAGUGCAAAGUGCGUCUGGUACCGUUUCUGGUUUCCACCAGGGAAAAGCAGUUUUUCGUGGCACCCUUCUCCAGAGUCUCAACCACCUCGAUUGGCAGCUUUUGCCACUUAAUGGACAACAGUAAAUCGCCAGCAACGGAUGCUUAGGACAAAGCAUUAUUAGAAAGCAUAUCUUGUUCUUCGAUAAAAUUUGAGUUUGCUUGUCCCGUUCCGGAAAGGACUGGACACGUCCCACAGGAUCUCGAUUGGGAAGAGGCUGUUCCACGGGUCUUAUCGAAAGAGCAAAUCGAUACACAUUCAAAAGCUACCGAUAGCAUUUCCGUCACACAUUAAGUACCAUCACAAACCAGUUACUGUCGUUGUUAUCAUCUGAUUUAUCUGUGAUAUAAUUACUCGAUUCAUUUCGCGUAACAAGAAUCCUUCUGGGGGAUCCGACUCCGUCCUAAAAGGGUGUAGGUGCUUCGUCCCCCUGGCCAACAAUACCUAGUGUGUGUGGAAAGUGUAGUGUCUAGUGAAAUUAUUAAGUUUAGUUCUGGACAGAAGAUGAACAAUGUAACAACAUAAGUGACGGAGCAUUUCUCGGGUGUGAUGGAAACGGACUAGCGAGCGAAAUCAAACCUCUAGGCUCAAAAACUGGACUGUUCGUCAGUGGCGAGAAAAAUUGAAGAAAUACGUGCCAGCAAAAAAAAAAGUCAUCUUCCAUGCGUACAUGACUGAAGAAGAUAGAGUCGAACAUUUAACUACAAUCACAAUUUUCAACACAAAGUGAAAUGCAAUAAUAUCUACCACAAUAUAUAAAUCGCAAAAAUCUUUAUUCUCUAUCGCCAAUCGUGCGUUAGGAAACCCUAAAAGCAGAAAUUUUUGAAUCUAAAUAAGGUAAAGCAAACACUUCAACUAUCCCACGUGAAAAUCUACAUUAGAAAAAUCAAAUUUAAGCAACAUACAAGUGCAUAUAUACCAAGAAUCUAUAUUUCUUCGAAUCAAAAAACGAAAGCAUAUUACAACCGUCAUUGCAUAAAGUCAUUUCCUGUGAAGAUUAUCAACUGGAAGUAUCUGUGAGUGAAAAAAUCAAUUUCGAAAAUUGUCUUGAUACGUGUAAGUACAGCUAAGCCUAAACAGCAAUUCACAUGGACUAUUAUCAAAACUAGCAGUAAAUCAGUGAGUGUUAUCAACGUUUUGUCUGCUUUUAUCUGUGGUUUUAGUGUAAUCUAAAAGCUAUAUGUAAACAACACAGUAGCGCAAGCUACAGAUGUGAAUGAAAACAAUAAUACUAAAUUGUGAAGAACGAUGUGAUUCCGAUUCACUGCAGCACUGAAUAACAAAGAAAAAAAAACUAAAUCAUCAUUGUGUUCCAAGAAAGUUUUAGCAAAGUGAUCGAAACAUACUCGAAGAGACUUAGUCAAUCGACUGCUGUCUAAUAAUAGCACAUAGAGAAAAGAACUAAAGUGUUCACCCCCAGCAAAGUGGUGAUUUUACGACAGAAGAAAGAAAAAACUAUUGCGUGCUGAAACGUGAAGAAGCUGAACUGUUCCUAAAGCCAAUAACAAUUGGCUCGACAACAUUCCAAAAGAAAAAAAAACAGUAAUUGAUUAGCCGACAGUGAAACGGGUGCAGCUCCUACCGGCAAAAAAACCGAAGCAAGAACCGCGCAGGAGUUGAACGGUAACGAUGCAGUAGCGUUGAAAUUACUCAAUCCAAUACGAACAAGUCUGAAUAAGCUUUAAGAAAAGAAGAGUAUAAGCUUACUAGUGAAUGAUGACGAUAAGCGUCAGUGUAUCUCCGAGUGGUAUUGCACAGAUUACAGUACGUGUCGGUUGAAUUCUCACUUCGUCGAUUUAGAAGAACUUCAUAGAAUGGGUGCAAUAAAAGAAGUGAUCAUCGAUAGUGAACCGUUUGGACUAAUCGUCGAAUGUUGGAACAAAAGCCACAACAGCCAUAGUGUGAAAAAAAUGAAUAUUAACACUGUGAAUAUGAUAUGUGAUUUUAUUGAUUACCUGAUUAAAUUUAACAUUAACGUUAGCAUUAAUGUAGAGAAGCGACAUUUUCUACGAAUCCAGCAUUACACAACAAAUGACCAAAAUCUAGUUGAUAAGAGCCAAAUACAUUCAGCAGAUGUAGUUCUGAUGGCGGUCGAAGGUACACCAAGUACAAUUACGGUUACAUUACACACCAAUAACAAAACUUCUGGAUACACAUCAUUUGACGAGCUUUUGAGAUUAACAGAACGCCAAAGACAAUUGGAAGCCCUGGGAUUCAAUCCAUCGCGUUUAAUGCGUCUCCGUGGCGGUGGCGAGAGUUCCCUUAACAACGGAACUAGCGCCUGGGGAUCACCACCUUCCAACGCUAACACAGCUUCAUGGGGCGCAGUAGCUCCACAACAGGGGGGAUGGGGAAACACAGCGCCAAAUGCAAACCAGCGACCCGACAUGGGAAAGCAAAUGCAACCUCCCCAGGGUUCCGUUGGUGGACCCAUGGUAGGCUCCGGAAACGGAUCGAACAGCUGGAAUCAGGUCGUCAAUACCAACAAACCGCCACUUCAACCACCGCCACAGCAGCAAGUACCGCAACCACCAAAUCAACCACCUCCUCCUGGUGCUAAUCCUGGCAAUAGCAACAACCAGCCUCCAUCUGCUCAACAACAGCAACAGCCACCGCAACCACCAAAUCAGCAACCACCAGGUGGAAAUCCUCAAAUGGCAGCUCAACCGGGAGCUUCCGUUCAAAGUUCAUCCUCCAAACUAGAACAUCUCAAUUCAAUGCGCGAAGCCUUGUUCAGUCAGGAUGGAUGGGGAUGCCAGCAUGUUAACCAAGAUACCCAAUGGGAUGUACCGGCCUCGCCCGAACCUGCCAACAAAGACCUGAAAAUGAACAUCAACAAUGGCACAGAACUAUGGGAAACGAAUCUCCGCAACGGUGGCCAACCAACUCAACAACCCACACAGAAGACUCCCUGGGGACCAUCGAGCAACAUCGGCGGUACAUGGGGAGUCGAUGACGAUAGCAAUGCCGAAAACAAUAGUGUUUGGACUGGCGGAGCCCAAGGAGGAGCGAAUCCUCCGGUUGCCGGACAACAGGGUUGGAAUCAAAACAACAACGCCAUGUGGCCACCAAAUGUGGCGAAUGCACCACCUAAGAAGGAACCUGAAUGGAGUGGCAACGUACCAGUUCCUGGAGGAGCUAACAAUUGGGAGAAUCGUGGAACGGCUGCUCCACCACCACCUCACAUCCCCGCUCCACCGUUGGAUAUGCCAAACGUUGACAUGCGCAAUAUGCGUCCACCGGGAGCUAUUGAACCUAGCCGGGAAUUCCGUGGAGAUCCUAGAGGUAUUUCCGGUCGUCUCAACGGUGCUUCCGGAAUGUGGGAUCAGCACCCAAUGCCCAAUACUCCACUCAACAAAAUGCCUCCUCAAGCACCUAUGCUAAAUGCUGCCGGUGGUAACCAAUGGCCAGUUGGAGCUGGUGGACCAAAUGUACCACCAUCCAAACUGCCAACAUCAUGGGAUGAAGCAUCACCUCCGGCUAGUCGUCGUAAUAUGUCGAACUUAGACGAUGGAACCUCCCUCUGGGGAGCACCAACUAACCCUAACCGUCCUCCCAAUGGUCCUAACGAGGGCAUGGUACGUAAUGGAAGGAACCCACUUGGAGGUAACUCUGGUCCGAUCGGACCUGGAGGACUUGGUGGACCAAGGCUUACUGGGCCUGGAAACCCCAUGAAAUCGGACAUGUGGGGUCAUGGAGGAGGGCCUGGUGCCAUGCGAAACGGUUCCUGGGACGAUAACAGCAAUAAUUGGGAAGAUAAGGGCCCAGGGCCGCUUGGAGGCGGUGGCGGUGCCGGUGGUUCCACUUGGAAUGAUGGACCCGGAAAUCCAUCGACAUGGAACAACAAAAAACCAAUUGUUGGAGGCGGUGGAAACGUUUGGCCGGAGACUUCGGAUCUGAUCGGAGGCGAAUGGGGCGCUGGCAUUGGCAAACCACCGAACAAGCACAAUCCACAGGAGAUCAUUCGCAGCAGCAAGCAGUUCCGUAUUCUCUACGAUAUGGGCUUCAAGAAGGAGGAUAUCGAACAGGCUUUGCGCACGUCCAAUAUGAGCUUGGAGGAAGCCAUGGAAAUGUUGCAACGGAACAAUGGAAACAAUAUGCCCGAUUGGCGCCGUCACGACGACCAUCCAGGAGGAUUCGAACCACCUUUCUCGGGUGGACGUUUCCCCGGUGGUGGUGCUGGACCUCCGUUCCCACAGAAUCAAAAUGGCCCUAACAACAAUAUGCCAGCCGGCAUAGGCAGUGGAAAUCCGAAUCUUGCAGGUUUUAAUUCUCUGAGCAAACCAUUGCAAAGUUAUCUGAAUCAGGCACCGCCCUCGGGUCCUGGACCGUUUAACCAAGGGGGAGGUCCAAAUGGCGGCGUUGGAGGAGGUGCAGCUGGCGUUCUUGGCGGAGGUGGUGGAGCAGGUCAAAACUCAUCCGCUCAACCAUCCACCCAACAGCUGCGUAUGUUGGUUCAACAAAUCCAAAUGGCUGUUCAAGCCGGCUAUUUGAAUCAUCAGAUCCUCAAUCAACCGCUGGCACCACAAACGCUGUUCUUGCUGAAUCAAUUGCUGAAUAACAUCAAGCAACUUCAACUUACGCAGAACAAUCUACAGCGAGGUGGUGGCGCAGCCAACAAUCAAAUGUCCAUGAUUCCGAAGAUAAAGCAACAGAUUGCCGGACUGCAAAACCAAAUUGCUACUCAACAGGCAAUUUAUGUGAAGCAACAACAGCAACAGCAGCAUUCUGGAAACACUUCCAACAUCAAUCACUUGGCAAACAACUUCCAUCGUGAGCCGAAUGAUUUGACCACUCUGCAGAAUAGUUUGUCCGAAAUGGGACUGGGCAAGGAGCACAAUGGACCGUACCAUCACGGCCCAGGGGGUGGAGGUGGAGGUAACGUUGGCGGCGGAACAACUAGUCAACAGUCUCGUCUGAACCAGUGGAAGCUUCCAGCUGUGGACAAAGACGGGGGACAUGAUUUGACUGAUUUCUCUCGGGCUCCUGGAACCACGGCCAAAUCCACUCUGCCCACUACCGGAUCCAGCAUCAGCGGUUUGAGUGGUUUGCAAGGAGACAACACCUGGUCCACGGGUCGUGGAGGUAUUGGCGAUGGUUGGCCAGAUUCCUCAACUGAAACUGCCAAUAAAGAUUGGCCGUCCACCCAAGAUACGUUCACCGAUCUUGUUCCUGAGUUUGAGCCAGGAAAGCCGUGGAAGGGCACCCAGAUGAAAAUCGAAGAGGAUCCGACCAUCACACCAGGAAGCAUUGCUCGCAGUCCAAUCGCAUCCAUCUCAAUCGGUGCGGCCAAAGAUUCGGACCUAUUUGCCAACAGUAGCAAGCCGUCGCCAACCGAUUCGCUGAGCUUGUCCUCGUCGACUUGGAGUUUCAAUCCAACCAACAACAAUUUCUCCAGCUCCAUUUCCAAGCUAGGCGGGAACAAAAAUACGUGGUCGGACGCAGGCACUUCCGAUUUGUGGGGAUCUGGCCUGGGUAGUGGCGCAGGUGGUGGCAAAACUCCUCGUGGCCCUCCGCCGGGUUUGUCCGCUGGUAAGAAUCCGGGAGGUUUUGGAUCCAACGGCUGGAAUCAACGUCCGGGACAGGGUGGAAACAACUGGCCCGCCGGCGGUGGCGGCGGAGGUCCAGGCUGGUACUCCACGUGGAUUCUUUUGAAGAAUUUGACUGCACAGAUCGAUGGGCCAACACUCCGUACGCUAUGCAUGCAGCAUGGACCGUUGCAAAAUUUCCAUCUGUAUUUGAACCAUGGAAUUGCCCUCUGCAAGUAUCAAUCUCGCGAGGAAGCCAACAAGGCACAACAGGCAUUGAACAACUGCGUACUGGGCAAUACGACCAUCUGCGCUGAAUCUCCCACAGACAGCGAAGUGCAAACUAUUUUGCAGCAUCUGGGAGUUCCGGGAGGAAACAAUACCAACAACAACAAUAAUAAUAACAACGUUGGAAAUAUGGGUUCCACUGGUGGUGGACUUGGUGGCAACAACAAUUCCCAACCAUGGCGCACAGGAGGUUCUCAACAGUCGAAUGUUCGUUCUACGGAUACUUGGGGCUCUGGAUGGUCAUCUUCCGGACCAACUAUCAACCCAUGGACUCUGGAUGGUCCUACCGAGCGAGGCACUCCAUCCAACUUGAACUCAUUUUUACCGGAAAGUCUGCUGGCCGGAGAUUUGAACUGAGUGUCAAAGUGAGUAAAACAUGAUCAACACUGUUGAGUGUCGAAAUUGCAACCUUUUGCAGUGUGCGCCGCAAACUCUCUCCACAAUCAUAAGCGCACCCAUACUAUUACGAUCGUAUAAAGUGAAAAUUAGGGAAGUGCAGCGAAAAAUGCAAUUCAACACACAGGUCUUUACUCAAAUGCAUGUACAAUAUCAGGAAUAGUGUUUGUAGAACAGAGUUGCAACAGAUUGAUAUUUUGUACAAUUUUAUUUUUGCUAUUAUUAUGGAACACACAAGUUUAAGAAGAAUAGUGUAAUGGUUAGCAAUGGAGUAGCUUUUAAGACUUUAUUACCUGAUCUUAUUUUUGUUAACUUUAUGUUUUUAUAUGCAUAUUUAAAUUGUCGUCUAAUUGAAACGAAUCUGGACAGUUAUUCACAAUUGCAGAUAACUGAGCAUGCUUUAAAUACAGAAGAAAAGUACCGAAAACAACUAUUAUCAAAAUGAUAGAUUUAUUACUUUUUUAUCGAGCACCAUUGCAUUUAUUCGCAAACAUACAUGGUGUGAACACUAGAUAUGAAAGCACAGGGAAUCAAUUAUCAGCGAUCUCAUAGCAAAAGGGGCCAACCAAAAAAGAACAAAACAAAAACUGAACACUAGGGCCAUCCCAAACAUGUUUUCCACACGAUUCGGCGUGAUAACGUGGGUUUACGAGCUGUGGUUGUGAUUUUAAGCUGGAUUCAAAAAACGAGGCACAUCCAAUUAAAGUAGCUCGAAAACGCUAAAAAUGCUUCCCGCUAUGAUGUAGUGUAUUUACGAAACCAAAUUCUUGUCGGAAUCGUUUGAGCUACGAAAUGGCUCGAUGCACAAACGUUUCGCAGAAGUUCUGAUUUUGAGUAACUGAGUAGAUCCAACAUAUCAGUCAGGGAAGGAGGCGGAGUCCUAGGGGAACUGCCUGCUCCUUGGCGGCCAAAAUACCAUUCACCACUGAACAACCGAUCCGUACUACAUACUGCGACUGUAAACUCUUAGACUUUAGGUUCCAGUUUUAGGUUUUGAAAUUUGUUGGCAUUGUUUGUUAUUUGUUUCAUUAUUAGUUUAACGCAAUUCGCAUUCCAAUGUAUUAACUCGACACAGAACUGUGUUUAGUUGUAGAAGUGUGUAAGAGAAGGAUAACCUAGAUCAUGACAGAUGACUUUUCGAUUGAUGAAAUUGUACAUUUGCGCAACAAAUAGCUACUUACUAAUAUUAAUAAUCCUAAAGCAAUAUAUGAAUAAACACACAAACAAAACUGUAUCAUUAAGUUAGCUUGUAAGAUCAACAAAAUGUUAUUUAUUUUUCUAAUUAAAUGGUAACACACAAUACACAAACAAAAAAACGAGAAAUCAUUGGCCAAAAAUGUGAUAAAGCGCUUGGUUGAAAACCAAACACUCAAACAAACAGCCUUUAGUGUUAAAUUAUACUAGGACAAGGAAAAUGCUACAUUGUUUUCGUUUGUUUUUACCUCUCUCUAUACAUAUUGAAGUGACUAAUCGAAGCAUUAAUUUUUACACUCUUUCUCCGUAUAUAUUUCACAAAAUACAACUGAAUAAAUAAUGUCAAAAUAAAACAAGAUGCAUCUUAGAAUGUAAGAUCGUAGAAAUAAUACCUAUCGAUGAGAAAAUGAAUCAAAAGUAUAUAUUUUUAUCGAAUAUAAUGUGUGUUUAUUAGGGUUAAGUACAUUUGAAAAGGGAAUUAUAUAAGUAUUUAUCGAAGUAUCGUGUAAGACAUUGGAAGAAUUUAGCUAUAGGCGACAAGCCAAAGUGAGAUUGACACACAUACACAUUUGUCUUGCUGAACAAAACCCUUGUAACAUAUAUACAACUGUGACAGGCAGAUAAUUCACGUGGCAAGUAUGAACAUUGAUAGUAGUGUAAGUAUCGGGAUGAUCAGAAGCAUAUAUUUACAGAUACAAAUCACAAUAAAUGGAACUAUUUAAAAUAUCCAACCGAUGUGGAAACAUUUUCAGUGUUUUAGCAUGUUAGACGUUAGUGUGAAAUCAAAGUUGGUCAAAUGUUGUAACAUAACUAGGUAUAGGAAAUGUACCAACGCACCAGUAAACGAGAUGCAGCAUCGUCGACAAUUGAAAAGUGAUUUUUUUUCCUGCCGAAUGGCAGCCUCCUUUCGGGGAUACAUAUUAUCAUUGUAGACUUUCGUGAAAUGAGAGUUAAUUUUAUACCACACGAAAAAGGAGGAAAAGUCAUGACAAUAUUUUUAAAAACUAAUACUAUAACGGUUCAUCGAAGAAUGGUAAUGUGACCCAAAUAGACAAUUAGCACAGCCAAUCAGUAAAUGAGCAGAGCAGGAUACAAUCUCUUCGGACAAGCAACAAACUAAGAACUGUAGGAAACUCUGAGGAACAAACACUGAGAAUACUUGUUUAGCAAAUCGAACCCGUCUAUUGGUUCGAAUCCACAUAUGACUGAAUUGUUUGUACACUUUCCUGAUUGUUUCUGUAGUUUUCCAACUGGAAUGGAUAAAAUGUUGUAUUUUUUGAUAACUAGUGACAACAGAUCUGCACCCAAGCUACCUGAUGGGAUCUAGACGAAAAAGUAGUAUAAUAGGAUUGUUUCCUUAUUGAGUAGAAUUUCUUGCAGUAAGAAGACUGUGAGUUGAUGUACCACGGAGUAGUGAAAAGUCAUAAAUAGUUGGUAUUCAAAAUUCUAGUCAGCGUUCUUUGAGGAAUGAUUCAUGGAGGAAAAUGAAAUAAAAAUUAUCGCUUCAUUUCACUUUUAGUAGCCUUGAUUGGAUCAAAUAUUCCAAUUGCAAAUCGUCGAGUUAGUAUUUAAUUAAGUUAGCACACAGUCUGAACAGAUCCAAGACUUUUCGUUACUCUUCGUGGUAUGUUUGUUCAUAAUCUGUGAUCUAUAAUUUUUAAGUCAGUUCUUUUAUCUCUAAAUUUCAAUAAUGGUAUAAAAUCUACUGAGAGAACAGAUUGAGUAACCAAUACAUUUCCUCUGAUAACGUAGCAAAGUAAUGUGGUAACAAUUGUGAAACGGAUUGAGUCAAAUAGUAUAUCUAAUGCAGUUCGUAAGAACGAUAAAACUGUGACAGAUAUUAAACAAUAGGAGCUAAUCCAAGAGCGCUUACUAUCCAAACGGACAUUUGGUGGAAAAUUAGCAGCCAUCGGAAAAAGGUGCUCUCGUAGAAGAAAGUCUUUGAUACUGUACUGUUAAUUAAAACAAAAGAAUUAAAUACAACCUUAUUAGUACUUCUAGCUGUAUAAGCAAUCUUAUGAUAAGAAUUUGAUCUAGGCUAGUUUUAACACAUACACCAUCAUAGUCAAACGGCGAGGAAACUGCUUGCAUAUAAGUGAAGCCAAAAUUACCUUUCCACGUACUUUGUAGUAAUCUAAUUCCCCCACAACAAAACAAAAUCAGUCAAAAUCGGUUCAUUCGGCCAAUUUUUGGCAGGGUGUUUCAAUUUCCUACGACAAAAUUUCAUAAAUUAGUUUUAAAUUGUAGCCAUUGUGCGACUGACAUUCCUUUUGGUAACCAAAAAAAAAUAAGAGCUAUCCACUUUUUUUAUGUUUGUGACAUUUCCACCGCUUGCUUCAUUAACGAAACAAAGAAUUUUGAUGGUGCCGGUAUCUUAGGCGUAUAGGUUUCCCGUGUAUAGUGUGACUACAAAUCACAAACGUUCCACAUAUAGAAAGGUCUGCCGGGAGCUGGAGUCCGAAAUUUCAUUCCUAUUACUAAUAUUUGUCAUUUUCCUAUUGAAGUGUGAUGUUUGUUUGAAUAUUCUGGUACGUUUUUGUAUCAUGAUUAUUUGUUCUAUAUGCUUGUUUGAUAAAUUCUUAGUAUGUACAUACAUUGUAGAGAAAAGCCACAUAUGCAAUAUGAAGUGCAACAGAAAAUGAACUGGUGUAUGGUACUAUGCGUACCAUGGUACUAUUGUGAAAUAUACUGAAAAUAUUGAUUUACUGUCAUUUUGAAGUAUGAGUGCCAAAACAUGUUGUAAUAUCAGACGAUUUUUAAUUCGUAUAUCAAUUUCCGUUGUAAGCUAUUUCAAAGUAUCAGUGAUGUUAUUGUUGUAAUGUAACACUUGUGCGUCAAGUUUUACAAAUCCAUCUAGGUAUCCAAAUUAAGUUUGAUCAUUUUAUAUGAAAUAUAAAAAAAGCUGCAAACUCAAUCAUCGAACCCACUUUGGAACGUAUUUGAUUCGUAGCCCAUUUGAUUUUAAUUGCAUUAACGGAAAUACUUACUAGCAAUUUAGCGUACAAAAGUGUAUUCAUUUGUAAACAAGCGUUUUUCUUUAAAUUCAAUUAAUAUUACGAUUUAUUUUAUAUUUGAUGUUGUUCAUUCUUUUGUGAAUGAAUAAUAUACAAUCACCAAAAUGACGCUAACUCUCGCAUAUUUAUGUUUAUCUCUCUUAGGCUUUCAAAAAUUAAGUUUUAUCAUUCCUAUAGUAAAUUUUUAUUGAGUAUUAUCAUGUGAAUUCGACCUUGCUUCAUUAUCUAGUCCUUGCCAAUCGGAUCAACUAUUGCCAGAUCACAAAAAAAUCGAUCGAACCAAGUAUUUCUAUAUGUGGAACAUAAUUAAAAUGAAAGUGUAAUCAAAUGUUGAUACCUCCCCAAUUAAAAAUGAGACCAUUUCUGUCAAAUCUCUAUAUAUGUAUUUAGCUGUAAAUCGAUAUUCGUAGUUUGAUAAUGAUUGUUCACAUUACAUAGUUCGUAAGUUCCAGUGGAAGAAACAACCAUAUAUGAAUUUCACCCAACAACAACGAAUGAUAAUUACUUAUAAGCAUUACAUAUUAAACAGAGCAAGAAUCAUACCUGUAGUUCGAAGAAUAUACUUUUACGACAAAAUCAACAACAUUAACUGAACAGUCGAACAAAUGAUACCAGCUACAUUCGAAGGAAGAAGGCCGAAAAUCGGUGUUCCUCGUACAGAGAUCCGGCCUGUACCAAUAUAAGUUGUAAUCAAACAAGAUAAACCAAAGAACUUGCAAUGCGGCUAGCAAAACUCAACAAAUUACAUAUGUAACAAUUCGAUUAUACUUGUUGUGCCUAAAAUGUUCCAGAACGAAGCAAAUUCGGUGAAUCAGACAAAAAAAACGCUAAGGAUAUAUGACGAAACAAUCCACUACAUAGACACAGUUUAUGCACAAGAUGCAAAAAAGUCGGUAUACUUACAUAUCAUGCCAUUAUAAGUUGUUUUAUUUUUUUGUUGUUACUGUCAGUAUUUAUUUCUAAUUCAACUGCUCCAAUAUGCAUUUGUCUUCAAAUUUCCUACUUACCCGCUCUACCAAAUAAAGCUAAUAGACAGAGUAAUCAAGAAGAUCACUUACUAUAGAUAACGAUGCAAGUCUUCUAGUAGUUACUAAGUUAUUUAUUAUCAUUGUUUUUGCUUUUCCAGAAAAGAAAUACGAACUACUGCAAUAAUACUCGUUGGAGUAUAAAUUCCGUAACCCACUCCCAUAACUUAGUAAAAAAAAUCCUCAAGCAGUGGCUGUGAAAAGUUUUCAACUCACCGCAAACAUUCAAGUGCUACCCUAUCCAAUGGAGAAUACUAGCACAAUAAGCACACGACGACGCACAGGAACUUUAACAUCCUGAUUAAAGCAAAUAAUUACAUUAUUAUGCAAGCACGAUCGGUUGUUAUCGGGUUGAUUCGACCGUUAGGGACAACCAAAAAUGUUAGUUUUCCGCUCUGGCACAGCAGCACAAAUCGUUCGUCUAUCCGGUGAUACAUAUGAACAAAACAAAAUAAAAAAAAGAUUCCGCCAGGAAAGAUAUAGUUUGUUUCUUUCGAGCGAGAGUAAAAUCUUCUGUGAUCAUAUCUUCCUUCAGACUAAAUUUAUGAUUAAAUAAUUGGCACACACACACACGGAUAAGAGCAAUCUUUGGCAUAUACCGAUGAUAAUGUGUAUUUAACCUUAAGCGCACUUGAAUUAGUUUUACUUUCUUAAUCAUCGAUGGUAUUUAGGUUUAUAUGCUUCACCGUAUAUGUAGAAUCAUUUAAAAUAUAGUUAAAUAAGUAUGAGUACCGUAAAUCACAGGAAGUGGAAAAUGAAGUCUCAUGCGUGGGUCUCAUGAUGAGAAAAGCGCCAAACUAAGAACGUUACAAAACAAACGUUAUGGCUGUAGGGUUUUCUGGAACGUAGUAAAACAUGGACACGAAGUGUCGAUGGGUGUACAGGAGAGUGUAUUCUGAAGAAAUUUGUAUGUAAAAAGAUCUUUCAAUUAUUAAGAAAAGGAGAUGUGGUAGUUUGGUACUCAUCAAGUAGGCUGAUGAGAGGAAUUCAAUUUAUGACCAGUCCAACUGUCAAGAAGCAAGCACGUAACCUACCACAGGUAAAUUUUCAGAAACCCUGUGUAUUGUAGGUAACUAAGUGAAUUUAAUUCAGAGAAUUGUAUUUUGUUUGAUCAUGAAAAUACAUGAACAAAUGUGGCGUUACAUUUGAAAAAGGCCAAAACGUUAAGUUACUUAACGUAUUUUUGCUCCUCUAUCAAUGGCUGCAAGACUAUUUAUCUUUGUUACCUUUGAAAUUGGUCAAACGUUGUUGUAUGUCGAUGUCAUUAUACACUACCCGUCAUAAAUAUAGACUCACAAUAGUAGUUUACGCAACAAGGUGUAGAAUGAAGAUUUUUACAUCACGAAUCAUAAAUUUAUCCAACGAAGCUUGCCGAGUUGGAUACAUACGACGAGUGCUGUAAAAAUCGAGUUCUGCACCGAGUUGCGUACAACGUUUUUUGCAAUUUCAUAAAUUACCGAUUGAGUUUAGUUAUUAACAAAACUUUUCCAUCAAACUGAACACUGAUGUUCAUAGUAUUAUUAAAGAAAAUCUGAUCAUAGCAUGUUAUACUGUGCAGUUGUCACUAUUUUUCAAAACUGCGUCCAGAAAGCAUCAAGAAGUUGAUCAAAACUGAAAACAGUGCUGUAAUGGUUCAUUACGCAACGCAAAUCAGUGCUGUAAUGAUCCAUUACAGCACUCUUUAUUUGGUGUGGGAAAUUAGGCCCUUUCCUGACAAAUUUGCGUGAGGUAAACCAGCCUAUUACGAUGAGAAAUUGCAAAAUAGUAGUUUACGUAACAAGGUGCAGAAUGAAGAUUUUUACAGGACGAGUCGUACAUUUAUCCAACGAGGCUUGCCGAGUUAGAUAAUUACAACGAGUGCUGUAAAAAUCGAGUUCAGCACCGAGUUGCGUACAACGUUUUUUGCAAUUUCAUAAAUUACCGAUUGAGGUUAGUUUUUAACAAAACUUUUCCAUCAAACUGAACACUGAUGUUCAUAGUUUUAUUAAAGAAAAUCUUAUCAUAGCAGGUUAUACCAUAGAUUUAUACUGUGCAGUUGUCACAAUUUUUCAAAACUGCGUCCAGAAAGCAUCAAAAAGUUGAUCAAAACUGAAAACAGUGUUGUAAUGUUUCAUUACGCAACGCAAAUCAGUGCUGUAAUGAACCAUUACAGCACUGCUUAUUUGGUGUAGGAAAGUAGGCCUUUUCCUGUCAGAUUUGCAUGAGGUUAAACAGCCUAUUACGAUGAGAAAUUGCAAAAAAAAAGCAUUGCAGCAAUAUUGCAUCACUCUGACUCAGCUCAAUAUCUCUAAAACCAGAACACCCACACCAUUAUAUAAGUCAUAAACGCUCAAAUUUCAUCACAUUCGAUUCAUUGAAUCCGGAGCUAUAACAGUCUACAGUUGGUCAUCGGAUACUUAUGCCUUUUUCUAGAAUAUUUCUUACUGCAUGUAUAAGAUCGGACUAUUCAUCUUUCCCAAAUUUGAACCAUUGAUAGGCAACUAGUUGACCAACUUACAGUAAAAAAAUUGAGCAUUUUUGGUGCACUUUUCUAGUUUGAUAGCUAGUUGAGCAUUUUUAAGAAGUGAAAAUUUUGUAAGUCCUCAGAUUUUGGAGAUAUCGGGGUGAGUCAAUGUGCAAUGUGAUGCAAUAUUGUUGAAAUACUUUUUGUGAGUCUACUUAUGACGGAUAGUGAAAGUACGAAAUCUCUCCAACAGAUGCCGCAGAAGUGUAAAUUGCUGAGAAUUUCUCUUGGGAUUCAUCCAGUGAUUUUUUUUUAUUCUUCCAGGUAUACCUUCUGGAAUUGCUCCAGAAAUUCAUGCUGGGAUUCAUCCUGAAGUUCCUGACUUGAUUUCUACCAAAAUUUCUUCUUCUAGCUUCUCAAAAAAAUCUUUAAGGAUUCCUUAAAGAAUUGCUCCGAAGAUUUUCUCCCACGGAUUUCUUAUAUGAUUUCGCUAGAAAUUCCUUUCGAAAUUCUAAUUUUCCUAUAAAAUUUCCUACUGGGAUUCUUCGAGUUAUUCUCGCUAGGAUUUCUCCAAGAAUGCCUGCUGGAAUUGCUGCAAUUAUUUCUGUUAGAAUUCUACCUACUGGAAUUCUCCCCGGAUUUUCCUGCAGGAUUGUUGCAGGAAUAUUUGCUGGUAUCUCUCCAGAAACUUUUGCUUCGAUUCAUCCCUCCAGUUCCUUCUAGGACUUACUAGUAGUUUCUGCAGAAAUUCCAAGGACUGCGUAAAGUAUUCCAAAGGUUUUUUUUUCAGUUACUUCUAGGAAUUCAAUUCCUUGUAAUGGAUUUUUCAACAAAAAAAAAAAACAACUAAUAUUCUACAACGAAUUUCUACUGGGACUCUUCUAGGCAUUUCUACGGAAAUUGCUCAUGUAAUUCUUCCAGGAAUUACUCUAGAUAAUCUAUUAGGAAUAUUUCCAUAAAUUCCUCCGCAUAUUAAUCCAAGAAUUUCUCCGCAGAUACAACUCAGACCUUCGAGAAUUUCUUCAGAAAGUAUUCGCCCAGGAAUGCCCACGAGAAUUUCUCCAAUGAUUACUUCAGUGAUUUUCUCGUGGGAUGCCUCUGGGGAUUUUCUCAGAGAUUAUGUGCUGCUAGGGUUCCCGCAGGGUUUCCUCUGGAGAUUAAUCUAGGCAUUCUUUUAAGAAUUCCCCCCUUAUUUUUCGAGAAACUCUCGCAUCAUCUCAGAACUUGGCUUACUCACUUUUGAGAGUUUUUAGUUUCACCCAGUAGUUUUAGUUGGAUAGAUCUGGAGAAAUCUCUUAAUUUAUUGAGGGCUGUUUGCAGUUCAGAAGGAAAUUUCUCGGUCUACCUUGAUUCCUUCCAUGAAUCACUCAAGAAACCGUUUUUCUUUGAUCGCAGUACGCGGUUGGGAAGAAAUGAUACUUCAAAUGGCUGCCACUGUAGAAAGUUUCUGCCAGGAACCGAUUGAGUACGGCAUACAAUUUCACAAGGUAGGCUAGUUUCCAAUGUAAACAACAUCAAUUUUGAACGUAAACAUGUGACGUCGUUCGUAUCGUCCUUUUACGUUGAUCAAAUUGAUGUAGAGUACUAGAUCGUUUUGUUCACGCCUUAGAACGGUUUGAAUUACGUCAUCUAAACCUUCUGAAUGUCAAGUAAUUUCUUAAACGAUUUCUUUUGAACACGAAACGUCAAUUGUCAGAGCACGAAAAGCUUAAGAGAAGAAUGUAGCAACGAUUUCAUUGUGCUCAACCACACGUUCUCGAGGCAUGCUACGCGAGUUUAUCAUUCUAUUUUAACGAAAGUAACAAACAUUAGGAACAGGUUUUUUUUCCAAAUAUCGAAGGAUUAAUUUUCCAAAAAAGUUUUCCCUUGAAAAUUUGAAAAACUUUCCAGACAUGCAAGAAAACGAAAAACAUUCGAAUAUUCAUCCAACCAUCUUCGCACCCUCCUGUACACCCAUCGAGCCACGUAGCAAUUUGAGUGCAAUCGUUAGAAAAUGUGCCAUGUUCGCGAGCAGCCACAGUGAUCAUUACAAUCCCGCGAGAUUCAAGUGCAAUCAAUCUAACUUAUGAUCUGGGCCUGACGAGUCUGCAUGCAAUGUACUAAUUCACCCAUAUCCUUGUCGAAAGAUGAGUAUGUUUAGGUGGUGAAUCAACACUUAAGGUAAAACCGAUCGCAGUUCACAAGCUGUAUCGAUCGUAGUAACAGCAAGCAACCGACACAGAUGCGCCAAAAUACUCAACAAGUCACGGACUGUGUAUCGAAAAACCUGCUUAUAAAAAAACGCGACAAUGAAGUGUUACACACUUAUUAAGUAGGAAAAGAACGAUUCUUGAAAUACAUUCAAACAGUACCUGCAAAAUGAAGAAUUAAAUCAAAUAUUGUGAGCGAAAGCUUACUUGCUUGCCCUCCCAAAAUGGAACACGCAAAAGGGGUUUCCAUGGAAAUGAAAAACAGGACAUGUGCUACUACUAUUGAUGCCCAUAUUUUUGGGUGGAACGAAAAUGAUCUUUACGGUCAUUCAAAUCAACAAAGAAACGACUAUAGACGGAUUCAACGUCCUCUCAACCAAGGGUGCGCGGGUAAUAAACGGAUAUUGAACAGACCCCUUCGCCAACGCAAAGUAAAACGGACAUUAUACGUUAACAAAUUGCCAUAUAAUAUCGUUGAUUGAGAAUUUGGUGCUAAAGAAAUCUAAAGUUACGACUAAACAAAUAAUCUUGCUUUUAAAGGAAACGAACGUAAGAGGUACGGUGUAAAUCAAUAAUUUAUUAACCGGAAGGCGAUGAGUAACAGUAAUAAUAAUAGUAAUAAGUAGCAAUGUACGCGAAGUCACGCAACUUUUUAUUAGUAGAUGUGUAUUAGUCUUAAGAAUACCAACCUAAUCGAACUUGUUUAUUGAGAGGCUACGGUCGAGUGUGUGCUUGAAAUCAUUAAAAAAACGAAUCAAGCACAAAAGCUGCAAGAAAGAAAUGAAAUACUAUAUGUAACAACUAAGAGGCAGAAGCGCACGAUGAAUUGAUCUGCGCGUAUUCGAGGAUCAAUUAGACUUAACCAAAUCCCGCUACACGAACGCGCCGUUUCGAUCGCGUAGCUUUCGGGUAUAUGAAGACAAAGCCACAUUGUCACGCCAAUAAAAUGAAGUGAUGGUAGUAAUAUAUUGUUAGAACUAAUAGCGAAGAACGUGCGUUUGCAGGAUACGCACACAACUCAACGUGAAACAACGGGGCACCCGCCAUCGUGUUGUAUACAAAUAAUGAGAGAAAAAGCAAAAAAAAACAAUAUGAAAUGAGCAAAACCACCUACAAUUUUUAAACAGUAUUUGAAACAAAUGUAAACGAUAAAACAACACAAAAAGGCAGGAAGACAAAAUAAAACUGCUAACGUUUAGCCUUAAUGAAUAUGACUACCAAAAGAGUAAAGAGGAACACAACAACUAUUAUAUCAAAGAUGUUCAUCAGAGAACGUAAAAAUAUAUAUACAUAGAAAAAUGAUUAUUAGUACAACAUACAAGGAAAACUAUUUAUUAUAAAGUUGAAUUUAAAGUGUAACAAAGAAAAUCGGAGAACUUAUCUUAGACAGUAGCACACUAAACUAGGAGAAAUGCAAUAAUACUGAGUUCAGGUGAUCAAUCAAUAUGGAUGGUAAGGGUUCUAGUUAAGGGUUUAGACGUAAGGCAUCAGUUUGGUGAAUCGUGGAAAGCAUGGUUCGAUGUUGAAUGCGAAACAGUUGAGCAGACAGGACAGUAAUUUUACACAGGUAUUUCAGAAUGCUAGGAGAGUGACCGUACUCGGAAGCGCAUACUUAAAAUGACGAAAAUUUAACUGUGUUUGGCAUGGUGUUCAUCAAUCACAUAAUAAUCAACUAAGAGAAUACACUUUUUAAACCAUAGCGAUUACAGUGAAUGGGAAAUUUUUAAGCAGUAAAUAAUUGGAUAUUUUAGCGAAAAUUGAAGGAAAAUGCAAACCUACGUAUUAUGAAUACAAAGAAAAUCUAUGAUGACGUAGACUAAGUACCAAAAAAAGUGGGAAAGAGAUUCCUUGAAGUUUGAAAAUUACUACUUUAAAUCGAAGAACCAUCAAAGAAAAAAUUGCGCAACAACAGCCAAGAUAAGAAGAUUUAAAUUCUAAAUUUAUACAAAUAGACAAAAUGGCCGGACUCUUAGCAGGUUCGAAAUCAAUAAUUACAACAACAACAAAUAAAAUGAACAUGGUAAAAACAACGUAGCAAUUGAUUUUAGAAGAAAAAAAUAAUCAGAAGGAGCAGUGAAAAAAUAUAUUGAAGGCUGAAACCGACACCCAGUCGUGUGUUUUAAAUUGAGUACCACAACAACAAAAAUCUGUAGGAAUAAUUACAGUAGUCUUGAAAUAUGUUUGACAACAUUAGUAGCAAAAUAUUACCUUAAGACUGAUUUGAACACUAAUCAAAUUGUGUACUGCUGAAAAGUGAAGCGUGAUGAUUGACACGUACAGUCUCACGUUGCGUAGUAUUACGCGAAAAUAUCAGUGACUAAUGAACACACUCACGUUCAUCUGUACAUGUAAUUUGCAAAAGAAAGAUUUGCAUGAUCAACUUUGUCGAAUGUCAGCAGAACUAGAAGAAAUGCAUAAAUUCAAUGAAUUACAAAACAUAAAUCAUUCAACAUUUAAAACAACACCUAAAUGAUAGACGAAAUAUCAUUUAUAUAGUAGAUAACGAGGGAAUGAAGGACAACAAUACAUAUGUAAGCCAUUCUUUUAGGAAACCAACUAUAUUGGGCAGAACAAACUAUUGAUGAUAUAUUUUAGACGCAAUUGUAAUGUAUUUUAUUUAAUACAAACUAAAAGUUAAGUCACAAAUUAUACUGCGAAAGUUACUAGACGUAACGUAUAUCUAAACACCGAAAAGAAGGAUGAGAGUAACGAAACAAUAACAAAUCAACACACAACUGAUCACAAUUCAAACCAAACUGAUUGCAAAACCACAAAACAGCUAACAAUAGCAUAACACAAAAUCGUACUAAGCUCUAAGUAUAUAAUGAUAUUGAUGUGAGAUUUUAAGAUUUCCAAACAGUGUAUUAAAAUGUAACGAAAUAUUGUCCAAUUCUCUAUUGCUUCAUGUUCCUCUUGACAAACCCGUUUGUUCUACUACAGCUAUAAAUGCAUCUACAUGUCUUUUAUCUUCCCCUCAAACAAAACACACGAACGAAAAAAAAAAAUCACACUUAUAUACAACAUCAUUCGUUUCCACGAAGAAGCGCAUGUUUUUCUCCGCCAAACAUAAGCAUAGCGUAGAUUUAACGUACCAGACUACCUUACAUCAUUUUUUGAUUCAAUGGUUGUACUUUAACGAUGACUAUGACUUCACACUGCUAUUUAUAACCGUAACGUUCCUCCACGACGUGAUGGGGAAGCUGUAACUCAGAUUCAAGAUGCAUUUCCAUAGCAACACAAUACAAACAGUAGCCAAAAACAGUACAUUUACUACUAAAUACGUCUAGUGAAUAUUCAAUGUGUUUCCCUAGCCACUAAGCUAAACUGUGUUUAGUUAAAAUGAAUCUACAUCCAAAAACCGUUUUCAUCAACACAAAACUCAACCACAAUACUAAAAAACUAACAAAAAACACUUACAAAACAACAUACAACAAUUGAUAAACUUGACCAAUCAAAAUAAAACGUAAAUUUUGCUACACUCAAGUCGAUAGGGACAGGUCAGAUACAAAACGAUAUAUUUUCCUAAGUUUUUGUACUGUACGAAACCAUUCGAUGCAGCAAACGCAGUGAAUAGAAAACCAUCCCAUAACGCAUACCACUUAAGAGACACAAACAAAAGAAACAACAAUACGCUUCAACAGACGAAAACAACACGAACACAACCUUUUACUAAUGAUGAAAGACAACUGUGUGGUUCAAGAAACCACAACAUCCCCCCUCAAAAUACAUUCGAUUUGUAGCAAUAUGCGUGAGACGGAAACAGCAAUCCGGUAACUGACUAACUAAAGCAAACAUUCGACUAAAUGUAGAGGCGAUGAAGAACACAUCCAACCUACCGAACACUUUCAAUGACCGCCAAUCACCACAAACAAACAUAACAAAAUCAAAUACCAAUUAUUAUUACGAUUAGUGAAAAAAACAAGCAGCGCAAAUCGUCAAAACUUUACCAUAAAUUGUGUCGAUAUCGGUGUCUGGGCGAAGGGUUUCGGUUCAAUAUAGGACACUUCGUGCGAUCCUCCAAAUUAUCCCUUUCUAGUGUUUCCCUCAACCCUGUCCUACCUAGAAUAUGUUUGUUUCUACCCUACUAGUCAUUUAGGACACACAAUUUGAUUCCUUCGCCUUCAAAUCAAUCGUCGAAGCUUUUUCGUCCUCAGUCCAGUCCUUGCACUGAAAUCCUUCCUGCACACCACCGAAUCACCUCCCAUAACACGCUAUGCGCCGUUGAAAUCCUUAAGAAGAUGAAAAAAAAAACCUAGAGGGUAUCCACGAGAGAUCGACUCGAACGUUUGAUACGCAAACCGAACCGUUCGUCGAUUUCGAGAUGGAUUGAUCUCUGUAUCCAUGUGAUGUGUAUUAAUUCUGCAAGGACAGCAAGAAACACAAAAAAGAUAUUUGUAAGUUUACAAUAACUUCAAAUGAGAAGAAAAUCAUUACAUUAUAUCGAUGCAUUAUAUUAAAAGAAUGAAACAAACACUCUACUGUAUAACAAAUAUGGAUAAUAGCGGAUAAAUAUUAUGAAUAUCAAUGUAACCGUAAUUGUAUUCGUUAAAUGAGAAUAAACAUAAAGAGACCAACAAA